AUGGAAGGUACUUUUGAUCAAAUCUCGGGUCCGUGUCGAAGAGAGGAGAACACGCGUCUCACACUUUUCCCCACCUUUUCACCGUCGGCGAGGGCGCGCCGCCGCUGAUGUCGCAGCAGCAGCAGGCGCCGGCGCCGCCGUACCGGCCGUACCGGCAGGUGAGGGCGGCGACCCCGCACAGCCGCGCCGUCUCGUGCGUGAGGUUCUCCCCAUGCGGGCGCCUCCUCGCGACGGCGUCCCUCGACGGCACGGUCGCGCUGCUCUCCCCGUCGUCGCUCGCCGCCAUCGCCACCCUGCGGGGGCACGCCGACGGCGUGUCCGACAUCUCCUGGUCCACGGACUCGUUCUACCUCUGCUCCGCCUCCGACGACCGCACCCUCCGCAUCUGGGACGUCCGCCCCGUCCUCGCCGGCCUCAACCCCGGCAGCGGCGGCGGCGGCGGCGGCGCCCAGCCCGCCGACCCCAACGCCGACCGCUGCAUCCGCGUGCUCAAGGGCCACACCAACUUCGUCUUUAGCGCCAACUUCAACCCGCAGACGAACAGCACGGUCGCGUCCGGGGGGUUCGACUGCACCGUGCGCAUCUGGGACGUCAAGAGCGGCCGCUGCGUCCGCGCCAUCGACGCGCACUCCGAGCCCGUCACCUCCGUCCACUUCAUCCGCGACGGCUCCAUCAUCGUGUCGGGGAGCCAUGAUGGGACCUGCAAGAUUUGGGAUGCGGGGACUGGGUCUUGCCUCAAGACGGUCAUCGACGAGAAGAAGCCCGCGGUGUCAUUCUCCAUGUUCUCGCCCAAUGGCAAGUUUAUCCUCGUCGCCGCGCUCGACGACACACUGAAACUAUGCAACUUUGCAAGUGGCAAGUUCUUGAAGAUGUACAGUGGACAUGUUAACAGAAAGUAUUGCCUCCAGUCCGCGUUUUCCGUUACAAAUGGGAAGUAUAUUGUUAGUGGAUCAGAAGACAACUGUGUGUACAUAUGGGAUCUCCAAGGGAAGAACAUUCUUCAGAAACUUGAAGGCCAUACUGACACUGUCAUCUCGGUGUCCUGCCAUCCAACGGAGAACAAAAUUGCGUCGGGCGGCCUCGACAAUGAUAGGACUGUGAGACUAUGGCUUCAAGAUGGCUGAUGAAUUUGCAGAAGGAAUGUGCCUGAUACAACUCUUGUGUGAACCUGGACAGCAAUAGCUAUCUAAAAGAGAAAUAUGCUUCUACUUUUAUGGAGCACUCUUGUAUGUAUCUAUCCCUGGAGGGAUAAGAAAAGAGCUGUUAAUUUCACCCGGCACUGCUUUGUUUCAAUGUAAACAAUCCUUUUGACCUCUGGAUAUCGGUAGUUCAUCUAAUCUCAUGAUGUUGAAGUAUCCA